AAUCACAUCUUAGGGUGCGUUUAGAGUAGACUAAAAGAGUAGACUAAAUAAACAAAAAUGUAGUUAAUUUUCUUGAAACUGUCGCAAAGUGUUUAGUACCAGAAAUUUAAUCACGUUCUUUUUGUUAAACCAUUUGUUAGCCUUAGGUAUCAGGUUCAGUGAAUAAUUUCUACAGCGAAAACAUGUUGGUAUAACCUUGAAUUUCAAAGUAGAGGAAUGAGCAUUCGUUCGCCUAGUCUAAACGCCCCUUGAAAAUAACAAAACAGUUGUCAUCAGUAAUAAUUUUACGUAUUUAUAAUGGUAGAUGAAUCGACGAAGAAAACACUAAGCAAUAUUCCAUUAUUGCAAACAAAAGCAGGUCCUAGAGACAAAGAAUUAUGGGUGCAAAGAUUAAAAGAAGAAUACCAAGCUUUAAUCAAAUAUGUGAAAAAUAAUAAGGAUUCUGAUAAUGACUGGUUUCGUUUAGAAUCUAAUAAAGAAGGUACAAGGUGGUUUGGCAAAUGUUGGUAUAUACAUAAUUUGUUGAAAUAUGAAUUUGAAAUAGAAUUUGAUAUACCUGUUACGUAUCCUACAACUGCACCAGAAAUAGCAUUACCUGAAUUAGAUGGUAAAACUGCUAAAAUGUACAGAGGUGGAAAGAUUUGUCUCACAGAUCACUUUAAACCAUUAUGGGCACGUAAUGUACCCAAAUUUGGAAUUGCACAUGCAAUGGCACUUGGGCUUGGACCAUGGUUAGCAGUAGAAAUUCCUGAUCUUAUAGAGAAAGGUGUUAUAGCACAUAAAGAUAAAAUUGAUGAACGUAGGUCAUAAUUGUAAGAAAUAAUAUUGUAUAAUAUUUAAAUGAAAAUCUGUUUUUGCCCAUAUAUGGAAAUGGAGUUAUAUAAUGAAUAUAUGAAUUUUGUAUUUAACAUGAAUAUUUACAAUAUUUUACA